AUGUUUUCAUCUCUACAUUGGCAUGACGUCAACACUCCACUUCUCAUUUCAGCUUGGUUAUUCUUCAUUAUAAUGGCUAGAAUCCUUUUCCAUCGAUCACAUGUGUUGGCGAAAAUUUUCCCCGAAUCUGCUCUAUUGAUUGUUCUCGGAUUAAUUGUUGGAUUGAUACUGGACGAAUUAUGGGUGUUAGAUAUAUAUUUACAUCCAGAUUUAUUCUUCCUCUAUCUCUUGCCUCCAAUAGCACUUGAUGCUGGAUACUUUCUGCCGAACAACGCAUUCUUCCUGAAUUUUGGGACUAUCCUCCUUUACGCGGUUUUAGGAACACUAUUCAACAUUGUGACAAUUGCUAGCAUUAUCUACGCAUUUUUGCCUCUGUAUCAAUGGUCGCUACCAUUCAUCGAUAUUUUACUAUUUUCAACGUUAAUUUCUGCUGUUGAUCCGGUUGCGGUGCUUUCUGUUUUCGAGGAAAUCCAUGUGAAUCAAUUACUUUAUAUCUGUGUCUUUGGCGAAUCUUUAUUGAACGAUGCGGUGACCAUUGUAUUAUAUCAUUCACUUGCGUCAAUGGCAAAAAUUGGAAGUGAAAAUUUGAUAAGAGAGGAUUUCGUUCAUGCUUUGAUCAAUUUCGCUAUGGUUUCUACUGGUGGUGUGCUUAUUGGUCUUGUAUGGGUAUGCAUUACUGCAUUCGCAACCAAAUGGUCAUACGAUGUUCCAAUUCUACAACCAUUGGUGUGUCUUUUCUUCCCAUAUCUCUCCUACCUCAUUUCAGAAAGUGUUCACUUGUCUGGUAUUCUUGCCAUUGUCACAUGCGGUCUUUUAAUGAAACCAUACAUUUCCGGAAAUUUAGACUGCAAAGCAUUAACGACUGUAAAAUACUUCCUGAAAACGCUGUCAUCAUGUUGCGAAGCUAUGAUUUUUGUAUUUCUUGGACUUUCCACUUUCUCGAAGCAUCACUCAUGGGACCUAAUGUUCGCAAUUGUCACAGUUACAGCAUGUAUAUUUUGCAGAUUCAUAGGAGUCAUCUUGUUGACGUGGAUGGCAAAUCGGAAACGGGUACAGAAAAUUGGCCUCAUGGAUCAAGUGAUUAUGGGAUAUGGUGGGCUUCGUGGUGCUAUUUGUUAUGGAUUAGUGAUGACGUUAGAUAAAGAUGCGAUCCCCGCAAAAAAUAUGUUAGUGACCACAACAAUUGUCGUUAUAGUGGUCACUGUAUUUUUCCAGGGAACAACUAUCAAACCACUUGUACGACUUCUCAAAGUGAAAACGCAGGAACCUCAACAGAAGACUGUCACUCAACAAGUUUUAACACAUAGUGGUGACGAUAUGAUGGCAGGCGUAGAAGCAAUAAUUGGAAUGCGUGGAUCGAACUACUGGCGAAGACGACUAUCCGAGUUCAAUCAUAAUUACCUACAACCAACACUUAUGCGAUCACCUACAUCACGCGGAGAAAAAUUGAUGGAAAAAUAUUCGGCACUUUCAGCCGAAGAACAACGGUUAAGAUUGCUGGAACGAUAUGGUGUUUGA